AUUUAUUUCUAUGCGUUCUUCCAUUCAACUUCAAUUGGCCUCUAUAGGUCGUUCACUUUCCAUGCGCAGUGCUUUGGGAUUUAAUCUUCAUACUAUUCGUUGGUCCAGUAGUUUACCUACUGCUGUCAAAGAAAUUACCCAUCCUGAUGCCAAUGUGUCAAAGUCAACACGAGACAAGAUAACCCGUUUUAAUCAGUACACUGUGACGACAUAUGGACGACCGGACAUUGUGUUGGACCGUGGGAAAGGAUGUUAUGUGUAUGACAGUGAAGGACGGGAAUACUUGGAUUUCACGGCUGGGAUUGCUGUGGUUGGAUUAGGUCAUUCAGAUGAUGGUGUUGCCAAGGUGAUUUCUGAACAAGCGCAAAAAUUGAUACAUACAAGCAAUCUUUAUCAUAACGAACAUGCUGGUCCUCUUGCUGAACAAUUGGUGGAAACAACAAAUCGUUAUAACACAACUUCUUGGGCUAGCAAGGUCUUUUUGUCAAAUUCAGGUACUGAGGCCAAUGAAGGUGCUUUGAAAUUCGCACGUAAAUGGGGUAAACAUGCCAGUGUCAGCACUCCAGAGAAAAAAAUCAAGUUUGUGUCCUUUACCAAUGCUUUCCAUGGUCGAUCUAUGGGUGCCCUCUCUGCCACUUACAACCCAAAAUAUCAAGCUCCUUUUGCUCCUUUGAUUCCUGGCUUUGUUACUGCCCCUUACAAUGAUGUGGAUGCCGUCAAAUUGAUUGAUGAUGAUACCUGUGGUGUGAUUGUUGAACCCAUCCAAGGUGAAGGUGGUGUCCGUCCUGCUACUGAACAAUUCCUGAAGGCUUUACGUCAACGAUGUAAUGAAACUGAUACUUUAUUGAUCUAUGAUGAAAUUCAGUGUGGGUUGGGACGUACUGGAAAGUUUUGGGGACAUCAACAUUUUAGUGAAGAAUGUCAACCUGAUAUUUUGACCAUGGCCAAACCUUUAGCCAACGGUGUUCCUAUUGGUGCUAUUAUGACAAGUGAAAAAGUCGGCAAUAUGAUUCAACUAGGUGAUCAUGGUACUACUUUUGGUGGUAAUCCUUUGGCAUCAGCUGUGGCUCGCCAUGUUGUUGGUAGAUUAUCAGAUGAAACAUUUUUAAACACUGUAGAAAAGACUGGGCAAGCAUUGAAACAAGAUUUGAAGGCAUUACAAGAAAAAUAUUCAGAAGUGAUCAAGGAAGUACGUGGACAAGGCUUAUUACUUGGUAUAGAAUUCAACAAGGAUCCUGCACCUAUUGUAAAAUUGGCUCGUGAACGUGGAUUACUUUUGGUAACUGCUGGAUGUAAUACUGUUCGGAUUGUACCUCCUCUUAUUGUGACUCGUGAACAAACUCAACAAGGUAUUGCUCGUUUGGCCGGUGCCAUUGAAGCCUUUGCUGCUUUGUAGUUUUAGUUUAGAUGAUACAUUUUUUUUUUUUUUUGGAAAAAAUUAUAAAAGGAUGAUUUAUAUUUUA